AACACAAACUUAAUCAACAAGAUUUUAUCCACUCACAACAACGCACAUCAUCACAAUUACAACACUAAAUUAGGGUUUAUAAACCGUAAUCCACACCUCAGCUCCACCAUUCCAACAAUAAUGGAGCCACAACUGUUCAAUCAUCCUCAUUGAAUUCAAAUUCAACACGAUCAAACCUACAAUAUGGCAGAAGAAGGCGGAUCCAGUAAGAACAAUGGAGGAUUAACUUCAGUGGACUCAGUUGACUCCUUCCGUUGGGUUUUUCAAGACGCAGAUGAUUCAGAUUCAGAGAUUGAUAUUAAUAAUGAUGUGCAGCAGGAGGAUUUGCCGUUGCGAAACGGUGUGGAGUCCGAGGAUGAAGAUAAUGUGGAGUAUAGGCUUAUUCGGACUGGACCGAGGGUUGACUCGUUGGAUGUGGAGACUCUUGAGGUUUCUGGUGCUCAACGGAUUGAUUUGGAGGAUAUAACUUUUAGCAAAAGCAUUAAACUGGCUUUUCAAACACUAGGGGUAGUUUUUGGGGAUGUUGGAACAAGUCCACUAUAUACUUUCAAUGUGAUGUUCAAUAAGGCUCCAAUUGAGGGGAAUGAAGAUAUUAUUGGUGCUCUAUCUCUCGUUAUAUAUACACUCAUUUUGAUUCCACUGAUCAAGUAUGCCCUCAUAGUUCUUUUGGCAAAUGACGACGGUGAAGGUGGUACAUUUGCUUUAUACUCACUUAUAUGUAGGCAUGCUAAGGUUAGUCUACUCCCAAAUCAGCUUGCUUCUGAUACACGUAUAUCAAGCUUCAAGUUGAAGGUUCCAUCUGCAGAACUUGAGAGGUCGUUGAGAAUAAAGGAGCGUCUUGAAGCUUCUUUAGGGCUGAAAAAGCUUCUUUUGAUGUUGGUCCUUGCUGGUACUUCCAUGGUGAUAGCUGACGGGGUUGUUACGCCUGCAAUGUCAGUCAUGUCCGCCGUUCGUGGUCUCAAGCUUGGAGUUCCUAUGGUUGAGGAAGAUCAUGUGGUGAUGAUUUCAGUUGCAUAUCUUAUUGUUUUGUUCAGUGUACAAAGAAUUGGAACAAGUAAGAUUGGGCUUGCUAUUGGGCCAGCCUUAUUUCUAUGGUUUUGCUCCCUUGGGGGAAUUGGCAUCUACAACCUUGUGAAACAUGACAGCAGUGUAUUGAAGGCGUUUAAUCCUGUUCACAUUUAUUACUAUUUCAAGAGGGACUCAGCUAAGGCAUUGUAUUCUCUGGGAGGAUGUCUUCUGUGUGCAACCGGUUCAGAAGCAAUGUUUGCAGAUCUUUGCUAUUUUUCUGUAGGAGCUAUCCAGCUUAUUUUUGCUUUCCUUGUACUUCCGUGCCUUCUGUUGGGUUACUUGGGUCAAGCUGCCUAUCUCAUGAAUAACAACGGUCAUGCACAUCAAACUUUCUUUUCUUCUAUCCCAAAUGAAAUUUUUUGGCCGAUGUAUCUAAUUGCCAAUAUUGCAGCAUUGAUUGCUAGUAGAACAAUGACAACAGCAACCUUUUCCUGUGUCAAACAGUCAAUAGCACUUGGCUGUUUUCCUCGCCUUAAAAUCAUACAUACUUCUCGCAAAUUCAUGGGUCAGAUUUAUAUUCCAGUUAUGAACUGGUUCCUCCUCGCCUCUGCUCUUCUUCUUGUCUGCUUUAUUGCAAACACUGAAGAGAUCGGAAAUGCAUACGGCAUUGCUGAGGUUGGUGUGAUGAUGAUGACUACUAUCUUAGUAAUCCUUGUAAUGCUUCUUAUAUGGCAGACAAACAUCAUUCUUGUUCUGUUAUUUUCCACCGUUUUUCUCGGGUUAGAGGUUAUAUUCUUUUCAUCAGUUUUACGAGGCAUUAGAGAUGGAAGCUGGCUCAUAUUGGUGUUCGCGAUGGUUGCAUAUUUCAUCAUGUACAUAUGGAAUUACGGUAGCAAGCUCAAAUAUGAAACAGAAGUCAAGAAAAAGAUGUCAAUGGAUAUAAUGCGCCAAUUAGGUAGCAAUCUUGGAACUGUUAGAGCUCCUGGCAUUGGAUUGCUUUACAACGAGCUGGCAAAAGGCGUGCCGACGAUAUUUGGACAAUUUCUUGCCACUCUUCCAGCUAUCCAUUCGAUGAUUGUUUUUGUGUGCAUUAAAAAUGUACCUGUUCCUUUUGUGCCUCCGAGUGAGAGAUUCUUGUUCCGAAGGGUUUGCCCUAGAAGCUACCACAUAUUUCGCUGUAUUGCCAGAUAUGGCUACAAGGAUGUCCAUAGGGAGAAUCACCAGUUAUUUGAGCAACUUUUGAUCGAAAGCCUUGAGAAGUUCAUUCGCCGAGAAGCAAAAGAAAGAUCAUUAGAAAGUGACGGGGAUGACGAUACCGAUUCCGAAGAUGAAUCCUCACGUGUUCUACGAGAUCUAAACGGGACCGUCUAUUCACUUGGUGCCCCUCUCUUAUCCAAAUACAAAAGCAAAACAACCACUAAACGCCCCGUAAUCUCAGAAGCAAGCACCUCACACGAGCCCCCAAAGGACUCUACCAACCCUGGUCAAGACAAGAGCCUUGAAAACGAGCUAACACUCCUACAUAUAGCCAAGGAAUCAGGGGUGGUUUAUCUUCUCGGUCAUGUAUCCAUCAGGGCGCGGAAAGACUCGUGUUUCACUAAAAAAUUGGCCAUUAAUUAUUUUUACGCCUUUUUGAGGAAAAAUUGUCGGAGGGGGAUUGCCACUCUGAGUGUUCCGCACACUCGUUUGUUGGAAGUGGCCAUCACACAUAUGGUUUGAGCUGUGCUGCUAUAUGGUGUGGUGCGGGCUUGUGCCAACAAGGUGGAACCAAUGACCGGCGGUUUUGCAGUUUCGGUUGUGCAGGUUUUGGACUAUACAGAAUUGUUGUGGAUUGUUUGUACAUUCAAUUCAUAUGUUGUAUGUUUUAACAUUUGUGUAAAUGAAGUGAAAGCAUAGGGUAAAGAAAUGAGUUGUUUUUCAUACUAGUAUUGUUCUGCUUGUUUUAGUUGUGUGUCGAUAGCCUACGUCUUUCAUUUAUGUAUGAAAUUCAGAUUCCAUUCUUAAGAAUAAACAUGUUUGUUACA